AUGGACAUACAUAAUAUCCCAGAGACAGAAAUUGAUGUAAACAUACCUUUUACAAGCUCAUCACUACCACAGUACCACCACCGAGUCUUUCAACACCGACUCCACCGUCCUCAAAAAAAAAGAAAAAAUCUAGAAGAUCAUCACUUAGAUAAAGCUUUUGGGCUUUUAACUGCUGCAGCUUCCGUUACAAAUUCUGACGAACAACAAAAUUUUGGCAAUUUAGUGGCAAACAAAUUAAAAAAAUACUGGGCUGGAACACAAAAUGCAAUUCAACAUGCUUGGGUAUCUUUCUGA